AAACUCUCCUCUUUGCCUUCAACCUGAGACGACAAUCAAAGCUAAAAAGCCAUGGCUGCUUCUACACUAACACCCAACUCUAAUAGUUGGGCUAAAUCUCAGCUUCUUCAUCCUUUCUCUUCUUCUUCUUCAUCAUCUUCUUUUGUAGAUUUGGGCUUUUCAUCAAAGUCCAUCACCUUAAAGAAGAAGAAGCCCAAUAGUAGGGUAUACUCUGCUUUACACUCUCCUUCAGUCCUCCAUUUCCCUAAACAACCUUACCAAAACCAAGUAAUCCCCAAAGAAAACUCUCCCGUAAAACCCACAAAGACCCACCAUCAGUGGAACCUGCUUCAACGAGCUGCAGCCAUGGCCUUUGACAUGGCUGAAAGCGCGUUGAUCACACGCGAGCGCCAACACCCACUCCCCAAGACCGCUGACCCACGUGUUCAAAUCUGUGGAAACUUCGCUCCGGUACUGGAACAGCCCGUCCAGCACUCUCUCCCAGUCACUGGUUCCAUCCCCAAAUGCAUUAACGGCGUUUAUAUUCGUAACGGCGCCAACCCUUUAUUCCAGCCGGUCGCUGGUCACCACUUCUUUGACGGUGACGGCAUGGUUCACGCCGUUAGCAUUGACAACGGAAACGCAAGCUACGCCUGUCGUUUCACCGAAACACAAAGAUUAGUUCAAGAGAAAGAGCUUGGUCGCCCAGUGUUUCCUAAAGCCAUAGGCGAAUUACACGGCCACAAUGGUGUAGCUCGUCUCUUGUUGUUCUAUGCAAGAGGACUUUUCGGUCUUCUUGAUCACAAACAAGGCACUGGAGUGGCUAACGCCGGCUUAGUUUAUUUCAAUAACCGUUUGCUCGCCAUGUCAGAAGAUGAUCUUCCUUACCAAGUGCGUAUUUCUUCUUCAGGUGAUCUUGAAACUGUUGGAAGAUACAAUUUUGAUGAACAAUUAACUUCAACUAUGAUAGCUCACCCUAAAGUUGAUCCAAUUUCCAAAGAAUUGUUUUCUUUGAGCUAUGAUGUCGUUCAAAAGCCUUAUCUUAAAUACUUCCGAUUUUCUCCGGAUGGAACGAAGUCACCGGACGUUGAAAUUCCUCUUGAAAUGCCAACCAUGAUGCAUGAUUUCGCUAUCACUGAGAAUUUUGUGGUGAUCCCGGAUCAGCAAGUUGUGUUCAAGCUUCAAGAAAUGAUAAAGGGAGGGUCUCCGGUGAUAUAUGACAAGAACAAGAAGUCCAGGUUUGGGAUUCUGGCGAAAAAUGCGACUGAUGCUAAAGAUAUAAUUUGGAUUGAAUCACCGGAUACGUUUUGUUUCCAUUUGUGGAACGCUUGGGAGGAACCGGAAUCUGAUGAAGUUGUCGUUAUAGGAUCAUGCAUGACACCGGCUGACUCAAUUUUCAAUGAAUGUGACGAGAGUUUGAAGAGUGUGUUAUCUGAAAUUCGGCUAAAUUUAAAGACUGGUAAGUCCACACGCCGACCCAUACUUUCUCAAUCUGACCAAGUGAACUUAGAGGCUGGAAUGGUGAACCGGAACCGACUCGGGAGAAAAACCCGGUUUGCUUAUCUUGCCAUUGCUGAGCCGUGGCCAAAAGUAUCAGGUUUUGCCAAAGUGGAUCUUUCUACUGGAGAGGUAAAAAAAUACAUUUAUGGUGAUAGAAAAUACGGUGGUGAGCCAUUUUUCCUACCAACAGAUGCAAAUUCUGAAAAUGAAGAUGAUGGUUAUAUUCUUGCAUUUGUUCACAACGAGAAGACAUGGAAAUCAGAGCUACAGAUUGUGAACGCCAAUAAUUUACAGCUUGAAGCUUCGGUUAAGUUACCUUCAAGAGUACCGUACGGUUUUCAUGGAACGUUUGUGGAGGCAAAGGAUUUGGUGAACCAAGCAUAGAGGAAAAGGUUUUUGUGAAAUGUGUUGUUGGUGAGUUUUUGAGAAAAUUACUGGGAGAUUUUAACAUAGGGAUCGAUGCGUCAGAGAAGACAGGUCCUCGGAUUCUCCUGGAGAUUUGAAAACCCUAGCAACCCUUUUGUUUUUGUUACGUUUAUUGUCAUUAUUAUUGUAGUUUCCAAGGAACCAGCUUGUAGCUUAUGACAUAUAGGUAGAAUUCGAGCUCAGCUGGUUUCUGUUUCUCUUUUGAAU